AUGGCUCGGGAAGCCCUCCGACGAAAUGCAAGCUCGCCUUCACCUCUCUCGUCUCCCGCACCCCCGAGUGUGGCCGCAUUUGCUGCAAGAAAGGACGGAGUGUCUCCGUUUGCGCCAUCGGCUCCGUUCCGAGAUGUUUCCUCGCCGCUGAGCGCUUCGCACGCCUCACUUACCACGGAUCCCGUCCAUGCGACUCUGUCGCCACGGCCGAUGCACCCGUCUGCGUAUCAGGUUGACUUUGCCGACGCUCACAUCUCUGACAAGGCUGUCCUUCCCUCGAACCUACCGCGCAGCGUCGCAGCUCCUCAGUUCACCGACCCUUCUCAACUCAUCAAGACGACCCGUCCGAGUGCUGGUGCAACACGCGCUGCCUCAAUCCCUUCGGCUUCAUCCACACGCUCAGACAAGGCGGCAGAGCGGGCUUUCUACCGCCGCAUCCUCUUUCAAGAUCUACCGUCCACCGAACAGGCUCCAAAGAUCACGCACGAUAGCGAUCUCGAUCACGAGAUCUAUCUGCUGCUCGCUUACCUGCUGCGUGAAACGGUGCUUCCAUGGUACAGCAAGUUGACGCCCGACCGCGAAUUUGUGACCCAGAUCACCUCCAUCAUCGCCUCCAUCAUUCACACUGUGGUCGAACGUCAAGCGGCAGAUGGAGGCGUUGCCGCGAGCACUGCGAUCGGAUCAGGGAGCGACAGCCCAGCGUCGAGUACCUCUAACGCGGCUGAGCUGCCGCGCAUCCACGCUUUGAUCUCUCGCGACAUUCCUCUGAUCUUGCGGCAACACUACCUCGACUUUAGACAGGCGCAGACGAAGGCAGAGAGCAUACUGGUUCCCCUGGGCACCCACUCGUCCUCAUCGGUGGCAUCGACAGUACUCUCCCAGCUCGACAAUGACGAACGACGGCGACAGCGGGUCCGCGAGCAAGCGCCGCUGCUCUAUCAAGAAGCGUUCGAUGCAGAACCUAGCGCCACAGGAUCCUUGUCGCCGCUGCAAGUGGCACUUCAGUUUCAAGCCGCGUCACCGCAUCCUGGCCUCGACUCUUCAACAGGCUCUCUGGAUGGUAAGAUAGAUCUAGCCUAUCUCCGCAUCGCUGUGCUCAACCUCCUUUCCUCGCUCUUGCCUGCAGACGAGUUUGCUCCCGAUACCGAAAAGUUCAUCAUUCGCGACGUGCUCGUUACGGUUCUGCGAGGCGCUUUGGCGCGUUCCUCCCGACCGUGGUUCUUUGUACAGAGUCUACACAAGGUACUGGAUUCAGCUGGUUGGCCGACCGAUCCUGUUCCGCCUUCCACUGAGUCGGACGACGACAGGCGGGAUCAGAUUGAUGUCACAAACAACCAGGGUGCAACCGUAGAUGGCGCCUCGCGAGCAAUCCUUGGUUUGGUGACACGACUGCCAGCGAUGCUUCUGCAAGCAUGGUCGUUUGUCAUGUUCACAGCAAUGCCGUUCCUGGUGCGCGCCUACUUUGACCUCUUCAACGUGCACCGUGCUCGCAAGCGACGCACGCUCCAUCACGCCCCGCAGGGCGAUGCAGGGAGCCUGCGACGAUCAUCGAGUGUCAAGGGCGGAAUGUCUUCGUCGCUGUCCACGGGCAGCUUGUUCGAGCGCAAGAUGCAUGGCCGAUACCCUUCGCGCAAGUUUCACCUUGGCGAUGACGGCACCCUCACUGCCCAAGGACGCUCCACGGCCAUCGACGCCAAACUAGGUCCGAUACAUGCUGAAUCUGCGAAUGCAUCUCACGUCGGUAUCGAUGCAAGCGGCCACGAGGGAGUCGACGAAGCGGACCUGCCGCCUGACUAUGUUGGCAACUGGCUCGACACUGCCGAGGAAGCGUUGUCAGCCAACACACACGCAGUUUUGCGGGCGCUGUUUGGUAUCGUCAGGGUAGCAUUGACAACGUCUGGAUUGGCCGAUUCCAUGAAUCGAAUGCUUAUGCGUAGGAUCAACGCCGAAUUGAAAGACACGCAGAAGCUCACACGCAUGGUGCGCGAGCUGCGUAGGAUUCUUCUGCCAGACGGACAUCUUCCGCCCUCGGUUCCCGAUCCGGACGUGGAAACGCAAGAGGCCGGGUGGAUCCGGCUGCGAACACGCCUAGUGUGCGCGACCAGAAAGCAAGAGCGUUUCAUGCCUCGUCUUGUCCAGAGGAUGCUACUCGGAAGUGCCGAGGCCGGCUUCGGUCGAGAUGAUCCAUCCGCACGCGCAAAAGAUACCCAGAUCCAGCUGCAAAGACUCACGACGUGGCUGGAGCCUUUAUGCUCGCCGCAAGCCGCCGGACCCAACACGCUGCUAGCUAUCCUGCUGUUUGAGCGGGUCAUUGUGGCUAUAUGUCCCGAUUUGACGCUGGCAUAG